CGGUUGACCCUAGAAGGCAAUUAUUGAACAUGCUGUUCUUUUUCAGGGAGAGGAAGCUAUUCUUGAAAUCUAGUUGGAGUUUAAACUUUGCUACACAGUGGAAGAAGGUUUCGGGGCAGAGGGACCCAAGUAGGAAAGGAGGAGGAGAAGAACUCAGCCGGAGACGCCACCAUCACGUUGGAAUAAAGACCACUUGUCAAAAGCCACACCGAAGGCGGCAGAAGCCACCAACACACGGCUGGGACAUGACGGCCGCCAGCCUUGACAGUAUGGAGCUGCUGGACCUCCUCUUUGACCGGCAAGACGGGGUCCUUCGCAGCGUGGAGAUUGGGUCAACGGCGACAGCUUGGAUGGGACUGGAAGACAGUCGUUUGCUGAAAGCUCAAGAGAACGAGGAUUUCAUCAAUUCUAUCUUGGGGGCCCCAGAUGCCGCCCUUGACUCCCCAAGCUGGUCCCCAGCAGCCAGUGACAGCGGCCUCUCCGAGGACCCCAGCUCUGACCAACUGGACAGCCCCCCUCACUACGUGCCGACGGGCAGCCCUGGUGCCUACUCUGACGGAGGCUCACACGGUGACCUCACUUACCCUUCCUACCAGGACUCCUGCCGAGCCCUCCCGGUUCUGAAAGGGCCGGGUGCUGAGCUGAGAGAAGCGGAGGUGUCCAUAGACUUCAAUAUGUGGGAGGCGGGAUUUUACCCAGAGGAGAGGCACGAACAAGCCGCCCCCCAGCUGAAUUCGUGCACCUUGACCAUAAAGGACCUUCUGUUGUCAAACAGCUGCGAGAUGCACCAGCAAGGCAUGAACCCAUCGCUGUUGAGACAAAACCCAGGGACCUGCCAGGAACUGGUCCUGACCGAGGAUGAGAAGAAGCUCUUGGCCAAGGAAGGAGUGACUCUACCCACCCAGCUUCCUCUCACCAAGUAUGAGGAGAGAGUCCUCAAGAAGAUUCGCCGAAAGAUCCGGAACAAGCAGUCGGCUCAGGAAAGUCGGAAGAAGAAGAAAGAGUAUAUUGAUGGACUGGAGAGCCGGAUGUCCGCCUGCACGGCUCAGAACCAGGAGCUGCAAAGGAAGGUCGUUCACUUGGAGAAGCAGAACUUGUCCCUCCUGCAGCAACUGAAGAAACUCCAAGGACUGGUGAUGCAGUCAAGUGGCAAGGCAGCCCAAACAGGCACUUGCGUAGCGGUCCUGCUGCUCUCCUUUGCCCUGAUCGUCUUCCCCUCCAUCCGACCUUUCACUCGCACCAAAGCAGAGUUGGAAGGAGACUUCAUACCUGUGAGAGUUUUUUCCAGGUCCCUCAACAACGACGCUUCUUCCAGGGUUGCCUACCCCAUGGCAAAGGAAGCCGACCAGAGCUCCAAGGAGCCCGAGAAACCCCUCUGGACCCAAUACGCCCACAAAGCCCACAUGGAGCAGGAUGAAACCCUCAAAAACCUGGUCACAAGGCACCACGUCUUGUCAAGGCACCACGACGCAGGAGAGGCCGUGGUGAGCAACAGCACCGAGCCUUUGCACGAGGUCACCUACUCGCACUUGGAGGGACUUGAAGGCCCCAGGGAACACGUUGGGCACAGCUUGGCAUCCACGGCCUGGGCAGAGUCUGGCCAGCCCAGCAAGGGGGUCCUGGAGCAGGCCGACGAGUUGUGACCCUCUCUUCCUUCUGCUUUCCCCUGUACGGCAUUUGGGGACUUAACAGGGGGUGGUGAUGGGAGACUGGGCUGGAUGUGUGUAGACCAAACUGCUUCUUUCCCACUGAGCAGGGAGGGGGAAAGGCGUGGAGGUGCUGUCUGCAAGAGAGCAAGCGAAAAGUGUAAAGAGGGUGGCCCGCUUUCUCCUUGCCCUCUCCGUGAUAAGCCUCAGAAAAGCCCAACUCCCUCUCUCCCAGUGCCUACAGUCAGCAGUGGGCCUCAUGCAGGGAGUCUUAGCUUAAGGCUUGUUGACUCCAUCCUUCCUCUGCCCACUGGACAUCUUACACAGCAAUUCCUCCUCUGCUUUAGAGGUUUUGUCCAACAUUGCCAACGUUUUCGAGUAUAUUUCUUUGCAGUCACGAGGGCUAGAAACUCCCAAAUGAAAGCUUGGCUGGGCAGGGGAAGGCAGUGGUUUUCUCGUCCUGUCCUGGGUUCGUCUCAAACAGUGCUGUUCCUGUUCUGCUACAGUUCGGCUUCUGCCAUGUUGUUUCUUUCGCUAUCUGCUGUAGCCUGGAAGUAAUGUAAUGAAUUGUGUACUUAAUCUCAACGGAAGGGAAGCAUCAGAAAACAAGAAAAUUAUUUAUGUAAUGUUUGUGGACUAAUAAAAUAAAUUCAUUGCAAAUACCACUUGUAUGGGAAAUAAUGUAUAAUGAAUUGG